GUACUUACAUCAUCGGGCCAAUUCUGUUUUACUAAAGUCCACUCUCUGGCAUAUUUUAUCUCAUAAUACGGUCAAUGUUAUAUUCUUCUCCGUGCAGACGGAAUGGUCAAUUGAUGAAUAGAAUCCUUGAUUAUUAUAUAAGCGUUAAAAGCAUACAGAGAACGUGACCACUUAAUUUUCUACAUAUCAUCAUUCGUUCGUACAAGUUUUGCCGUCUGCGUGAUAAAAUAGAGGAAGAAACCGGUGUAAAACUUAAUAUUACACUAACUAAAUAGGUUACCACCAUUCAGCUUUAACGUGUUACAAUUAUUGCAUGCACGAGUAAGCACUUGUGACUUGAUUGUAUAAUACGCGUUUAAUUCUACGCAUUGAUUAAAUAAAACCGCAAAAGCAAUAAAUCCGGCAGCAGAAUAAUUAUUACACUUUCUGUUACACGGUAUUAAAAAAGUUGGAAAUUCGACAUGGGUUCGAAGGGAGGAUCAAAUCCUUUUGCUCAUCUUGAGAAAACCUUGGAAGUGGGUGGAGUGUCUUAUAAAUAUUAUGACCUUGGCAGUUUGGGAAUUCAAUUCUCUCGGCUUCCUUAUUCUAUCCGGGUUUUGCUGGAAUCUGCUGUACGAAAUUGUGAUGAGAUUCAAGUUCUGAAAUCGGACGUGGAGAAAAUCUUGGACUGGGAGUCGAACGAGAAUGACCCUGCCGGGGUGGAAGUUCAGUUUAGGCCGGCACGCGUCAUUCUACAAGAUUUUACCGGAGUGCCUGCCGUGGUAGAUUUGGCUGCAAUGCGAGAUGCGGUGAAAGUCAUGGGAAAAAAUUAUGAGUUGGUCAAUCCGAUUUGUCCGACAGAUUUGGUGAUUGAUCAUUCGGUCCAAGUUGACCAUUCUGGAUCAUCUGAAGCUUUAGAGAAAAAUCAGGCUUUGGAAUUUGAGAGGAACAAGGAGAGAUUCAUGUUUCUCAAGUGGGGUGCAAAAGCCUUCAAAAACAUGCUUAUUGUCCCACCCGGUUGUGGAAUUGUGCACCAAGUGAACUUGGAGUACCUCGCAAGGGUUGUUUUUAGCGAUGGAGAUACAUUUUAUCCAGACUCCGUCGUGGGGACGGAUUCUCACACGACGAUGAUUAACGGACUGGGCGUCCUCGGAUGGGGAGUUGGAGGCAUUGAAGCGGAAGCUGUAAUGAUGGGACUUCCGAUGAGCAUGGUCCUUCCACAAGUUGUAGGAUAUCGGCUCACUGGAGAGGUCAAUCAAUACGUUACUUCCACCGAUGUGGUUCUCACCAUCACCAAAAACCUCCGUCAGUUGGGAGUGGUUGGAAAGUUUGUCGAAUUCUUUGGCAGUGGAGUCGCCAAGCUGUCGAUUGCAGACAGAGCAACAAUUAGUAAUAUGGCUCCAGAAUACGGUGCGACUUGUGCCUUCUUCCCUGUCGAUAACUCAACUAUGCAAUAUCUUCGCCAAACAAACCGAGGAGAGAAGACAAUUGCCAAUGUGGAAACUUAUCUCAAAGCUGUGGGAAUGUUCCGCAACUACAAUAAUACAGCAGAAGACCCAGUUUUCUCGCAGGUCGUGGAACUAGACUUGAGCACCGUCGUAUCAUGCAUGAGCGGCCCAAAACGCCCCCAUGAUCGUGUCGCUGUAACAGAAAUGAAAUCAGAUUUCCAACAAUGUCUUACCAGCAAGAUCGGAUUUAAAGGUUACGGCAUCACAGCCGAAAAGUUAUCGAGUGUGAUUCCAUUUGUGUACGAAAACCGAGAGUACACAAUCACUCAUGGCUCCGUGCUUAUCGCUGCGAUAACUUCUUGCACCAACACUUCAAACCCAAGCGUUAUGCUGGGGGCUGGUCUCCUGGCCAAGAAAGCUGUCGAGGCUGGCCUGACCGUGGCCCCAUAUGUGAAAACGAGCUUGUCCCCCGGAAGUGGAGUGGUGACAUAUUAUCUGCGCGAAUCUGGAGUGAUUCCAUUCCUGCAACAAUUGGGAUUUGAUAUCGUGGGAUAUGGAUGUAUGACUUGCAUCGGAAAUUCUGGACCACUCCCAGACCCUGUGGCGGAAGCGGUGGAGAAGGGCGAUCUUGUCUGUGCUGGAGUUUUAUCUGGAAACCGAAAUUUUGAGGGGAGAAUUCACCCCCAUUUAAGGGCAAACUAUUUAGCAUCUCCCCUCUUGGUGAUUGCAUACGCCAUAAGUGGAACGGUCAAUAUUGACUUUGAAACUCAACCAAUUGGAAAUGGAACCAAUGGACCAGUGUUUCUUCGUGAUAUCUGGCCGUUGAGAGAUGAGAUUCAAAAGGUGGAACAACAAUUCGUCAUCCCAGCAAUGUUCCAAGAUGUGUAUUCAAAUAUUCAGCAAGGCAACAAGAGAUGGAACGAUUUACAAGCCCCAGAAGGAUUUUUGUACCCCUGGGAUGGAGAAUCGACCUAUAUCAAGAACCCCCCUUUCUUCACUGGCAUGACAAAUGAACUGACACCAGUUGCACCAAUUAAGGAUGCAUACGUCUUAUUAAACCUUGGAGAUUCUGUGACCACAGACCACAUUUCCCCAGCCGGAAGCAUUUCCAGAGUGAGCCCUGCUGCGAGAUAUUUGUCAGAAAGAGGAUUGACCCCCAAAGAUUUCAACUCGUACGGGUCGAGACGAGGUAAUGAUGCAAUAAUGGCGAGAGGGACUUUUGCCAACAUCCGUUUAGUGAACAAACUGGUGGCCAAGUCUGGCCCAAGAACUGUGCACUUUCCUGAUGGAGAGGAGAUGGACAUUUUUGAUGCUGCAGAGCGUUACAUGGGAGAAGGGAAGCAAGUAAUUGUACUUGCAGGGAAAGAAUAUGGUUCAGGAUCUUCGAGAGAUUGGGCUGCGAAAGGCCCGUUUUUAUUGGGAGUGAAAGCCGUAAUUGCGGAAUCAUAUGAAAGAAUCCAUCGUUCCAAUUUGGUUGGGAUGGGUAUUCUCCCAUUGCAAUAUUUGCAAGGACAGAACGCUGAAACUUUAGGCUUGACAGGAAAAGAGAUUUUCAACAUUCCAAUUUCAGACAAAAUCCUAGCAAAGCAGAAGAUUGAAGUCACGACUUCGGCUGGGAAAGCUUUCACCACGAUUGCAAGAAUUGAUACGGAUGUGGAAGUGGCGUAUUAUAAAAAUGGAGGAAUUUUGCCUUACAUGGUUCGUAGAAUUGUGUCAUCAAACUGAAAUUUGUAACAUCUAGACAGGAAUAUGUUACAUACUUCUGAUAGUAUUGCUUUAUCAGCCAUCGAUCCAGUGCACAAUCAAUAAAUAUUGUAGUUUUGAAAAAGCUUUAUAAAGUGAUAUACAUAUAAUUUGUCACAAUAAAUUGCCUUGAAAUUAAUGAA